AUGAAUGAUACAUUCUAUCAGGCUCAUAAAGUGGUUCGAUCAAGAGCCAACAUGAUCGCGACCAACAAGGGACUUGGAACAGCUCUUUUGAUCACCCCGCCUGUUUUGGUUUUGAUAGCAGUGGGAAUUGCGGCGCGUUCGUCGGUGCGCGUUCCUCCUCCGGUGGACCACUCCCCUCCCCACAUGUCUGAGCCCAUGAGUAACAUCACCCCUGUCGAGAAAGCCCUCUCCGGUCUAAAAUCGCAGCUCCAGCAAUCUCUGGUAGACGUCGAGAAAAAGAAGGACCAUGCAGACGUUGUUACUAUCGCAAUGAUAGGUAUUGGAUUGAUAGGUGCUAUCUUGACCAUCAAAAUAAUCAGACGAAAAGGGCGUGGAGGAGGAGACAGAGGUGGUGGCAAAGGGAGGAACGCGACGGAUUUUAGGUACCCGGAUGACACAAAUAGCGCACAUCCCGGGGUUCGUAUUCAAACUGGUCCCAUGCAGGAUGAGAGCUUGGCUCUGAACGCCGGAAGUGGCGCAGACCCCUUCUAA